GUCGCGACUCUACGCAGCGACACAACACGCACAAACCAGAAGCAGCAAGGAAGGAGAAGAGCAGAGACAUGUCGUCCUGGACGCUGAUUGCCCAGCCGGCUUCAGCAGAGUCGCCGUCUGUUGAACAGCUCAAGACGGCACUCGAAAACAAAAGUGAUGCAGUCAAGGUCGACACCAUGAAGAUCAUCCUGACGCUCAUGUACAAUGGCGAGUCGCUCCCUGGUGUCCUCAUGCACGUCAUUCGCUUUGUGAUGCCAUGUAAAAGCAAAGCACUCAAAAAACUACUCUACUUGUACUGGGAGGUGUGCCCAAAACUCAAUCCAGACGGUAAACUCAAGCAAGAGUACAUUCUCGUCAUCAAUGCCAUCCGCAAUGACCUGCAGCACCCAAACGAGUAUGUGCGGGGUGUUGUGUCGCGCUUUUUGAAUAAGCUCAAGGAGCCAGAGUUGCUGGAACCGCUGGUACCCACAUGCAGACAAAACCUCGAACACCGUCAAGCGUAUGUGAGGAAGAAUGCCGUCUUUGCAGUCUACUCCAUCUACUCGCAUUCAGAGCACCUCAUCCCAGAUGCACCAGAAUUACUCUUCAACUUUUUGGUGGCUGAAUCGGACGCGACGUGCAAGCGGAAUGCGUUUGUUGCUUUGACCUUGCUCGAUCACGACAAGGCGUCCGAGUAUGUGGUGGACAACUACGCCAGUAUUCUGAGCAUGGAUGAGCUGAUGCAAUUGGCCAUUAUUGACUUUAUCCGCAAGGAUGCGAGCCUCAACCCAGAAAGCAAGAGCCAGUACCUCAAACUCGUCUCUGAGCUUCUGGAAGUGCAAACCAGCACGGUUGUGUAUGAGGCUGCUACUUCAUUGACUGCACUGACAACCAACCCUGCUGCCAUCCAAGCUUCUGCCUCCAAAUUCAUCGAGCUGAUCCUCAAGGAGUCUGACAACAACGCAAAGCUCAUCAUGCUGGACAAAGUCGAUGCGCUUCGCAAACAAAAUGACGGUGUCCUCGGCGAUUUCGUCAUGGAGUGCCUGCGUGUCUUGUCAACCCCUGACCUCGAGGUGCGGCGGAAGGCCUUGACGCUUGCUAUGGACAUGACGUCGUCGCGCAAUGUUGAGGAAGUUGUUACGAUGCUCAAGAAGGAACUUACAAAAUCAAUGGAGCAGGCCUAUGAGAAGAAGGACGAGUAUCGGCAGCUCCUCAUCUCUGCAGUGCACACCUGUGCCAUCAAAUUCCCCAAAGUCGCGUCUUCGGUGGUGUAUCUGCUCAUGGAUUUCAUCUCAGAGGUGAAUGUUGUGACGGCCACGGACAUCAUCAACUUCAUCAAAGAGGUGGUGCAGAAAUUUCCCGAGCUACGGCAGUCCAUUAUCGAACGGCUCCUCCUUACCCUUGCAGAACUCAAGGCAGCGCGUGUGUAUCGUGCGGCCUUAUGGGUGAUUGGCGAGUACUGCGACACGGAAGCUGAUAUUCGUGCUGCAUGGAAACAGAUCCGCGCGAGUAUUGGUGAGGUGCCCAUGUUGGCUGCUGAGCAGCGAUUGCUCGACAAGCAAGGAGCACCGGAAGAGGCAUCGACUGACCUCGUCACAGGCACAUCAAGCAAACCCCGCGUCUUGGCGGAUGGCACCUAUGCCACUGAAUCUGCCAUGACGGAUGCUGCAAAGGAUGCGAGACUCGAAGCCGUCAAGGCGAGUGCCAAGCCACCGAUGCGAGAGUUGCUGUUGGAGGGUGAGUACUUUUUGGGUGCCGUGUUGUCGGCUACCUUGGCAAAGCUCGUGAUGCGCUAUGCGGAAAUCUCAUCCGACCAGGAGCGAACGAAUGCAUUGCGCGCUGAAGCCAUGCUCAUCAUGGCGAGUAUCAUUCGGGUGGGUCAAUCACCAUUCUCUAAAUCACCGAUUGAUGAAGACUCGAUGGAUCGUAUUCUUGCGUGCCUCAAGUCAUUGACUGAUUUCCAGCAAGAAAAGGAGAUUGAAGGCGCCUUUUUGCAAGACUCGAAAGAUGCCUUUACCGCGAUUGUGGGUGUUGAGGAUUCUCGACGUGCUAAGCGGACUGAAGCAGACAAGGCGAAGGAUACAGUACAGCCGGACGAUGUCAUUUUAUUCCGACAAUUGGCACACAAGGGUGGCGCUGCGUUGGAUGCAUUGGAUGCCGACAUCAUGCAGGCUGCCGGACAUGACAUUGCACUUGAAGAUGUCAACUCGAAGCUCAACAAGGUGGUGCAAUUGACGGGAUACUCCGACCCCAUCUAUGUCGAAGCCUACGUCACCGUGCAUCAAUUCGACAUUGUACUGGAUGUCUUGCUCGUCAAUCAAACCGACGAGACGCUCCAGAAUCUGAGUGUGGAGUUUGCAACGCUCGGCGAUUUGAAAGUAGUGGAGCGGCCCAUCUCUCAGAGUCUCGGUGCGCACGCCUUCGCCUCUGUGCAGUCCACCAUCAAAGUCUCCUCUGUGGACAUGGGUGUCAUCUUUGGCAAUUGCGUGUAUGAUGACCCCAAGACCAAGGAGAGCGUGGUGGUGAUUCUCAAUGAUAUGAAGACGGAUGUCAAGAACUACAUCCAACCGGGCUUCAUCACGGAUGCCGCCUUCCGCACGAUGUGGACAGCGUUUGAGUGGGAGAACAAGGUGACCAUCACGGAGAACACCAUGGCGGAAGCACACGGCACGCUGGUGGCGUUCUUGAAAGCGUUGCAGGAGCGGACGAACAUGGCGUGCUUGACGCCCGAGGCUGGCCUCGAGGGGGAUUGUGGCUUCUUGAGCGUCAAUUUGUAUGCCAAGAGUGUCUUUGGUGAAGAUGCACUCGCCAACUUGAGUAUUGAGAAGCAUGGCGAUGAACCCAUUCAGGGACACAUUCGGAUUCGUGCUAAAUCUCAGGGAAUUGCACUGAGUGUGGGUGAGUUGAUUAACAAGAACAAAGACCGCUUGAUGUAGUCAUACAGAAUGGUUAUGCAGGUGCUAUGCUAUGCUAGAUGCUGUUACAAGUCAAAUACGUGGUCAAUCAAAGCC